ACGCAUGCGCCAGUAAGGGGAAGAAAGAGAAGAAAAAAAAAAAAAGCCUCCUUCCGCUUAUUCGUUAUCCCGGUAUCUCGCGCAAGAGCUAUCAUGGCGGCCGGACCUUUUGGUUUGCUCGGGACGGUCUUCUUGCUGGCGGCGACGUUUCAGUUUCCCUCACGUUCGUGGGCUUCAGAAACGCCCGGCGGCGGUGGCGGCGAUGCUGUCGUCGCCGGUGAACGGUUUAAAAUCGAGGGUCGCGCGGUGGUGCCGGGAGUGAAGCCCCAAGACUGGAUUGCGGGCGCCCGAGUGCUGGUGGACGGGGAGGAGCACGUCGGCUUCCUCAAGACAGAUGGAAGCUUUGUGGUUCACGAUAUUCCUUCUGGAUCAUAUGUUGUUGAAGUUAUAUCUCCAGCUUACAAAUUUGAACCAGUACGAGUAGAUAUUACUUCAAGAGGAAAAAUGAGAGCAAGAUACGUGAAUUAUAUCAAAACAUCAGAAGUCGUUCGAUUGCCAUAUCCCCUUCAAAUGAAAUCUUCUGGGCCUCCUUCAUAUUUUAUAAAGAGAGAGUCUUGGGGAUGGACAGACUUUUUAAUGAAUCCCAUGGUUAUGAUGAUGAUCCUUCCGUUGUUAAUCUUUGUAUUAUUACCCAAAGUUGUUAAUACAAGUGAUCCUGACAUGAGACGGGAAAUGGAGCAAUCCAUGAAUAUGUUGAAUUCUAACCAUGAGCUUCCUGAUGUGUCAGAGUUCAUGACAAGACUUUUCUCUUCAAAAUCUUCCAGCAAGUCUACUGGCAGUAGCAGUAAAAUAGGAAAAAGUGGUGCAGGAAAAAGGAGGUAGUUGUUUCUUUUCCUGGAACCACAAUUUGCACAGCUCUGUGAUGUGUUAUCAUCUGGAUGUUCUGUGAAAGAACAGAAAGCCACUACUGUAACCUUAAUUCAGUUUGAAUUUUGAAAGGAUACAACUGUAGCUUUUUAAUCUAUUUAAGUAUCUUGUUCUUGAAAUAUCCAGGAGCAUCACUUCUGUCUAAAAUAUGUAAGGUCAGUACUGAUGAUAAUUUAACUUCUUUGUAGAGAAUGACAUUAAAGAAUUUAAAUUAUGUGCAAUA